CAGCUCCCGGAGCCGGCGGCGGCGGCGGCCGCAGCUGCCCGGAGAGGCCCCCUCCUGCGCUCCCCGCGCCUUCCCCUCGCUCGCGGCCGAGCGGAGCCGGCCGGGCCGCUGGGCCCUUGAUCCUCUCCGGGCCAUGGCGGGCAACGUGAAGAAGAGCUCCGGCGCCGGGGGCGGCGGCGGCUCGGGCGGCUCGGGCGCGGGCGGCCUGAUCGGGCUCAUGAAGGACGCCUUCCAGCCGCACCACCACCACCACCACCUCAGCCCGCACCCUCCGGGCGCGGUGGACAAGAAGAUGGUGGAGAAGUGCUGGAAGCUCAUGGACAAGGUGGUACGGUUGUGUCAGAACCCAAAGCUGGCGUUAAAGAAUAGUCCACCUUAUAUCUUAGACCUGCUGCCAGAUACCUACCAGCAUCUCCGUACUGUCUUGUCAAGAUAUGAGGGGAAGAUGGAAACACUUGGAGAAAAUGAAUAUUUUAGGGUGUUCAUGGAGAAUUUGAUGAAGAAAACUAAGCAGACCAUAAGCCUCUUCAAGGAGGGCAAAGAAAGAAUGUAUGAGGAGAAUUCCCAGCCUAGGCGAAAUCUAACAAAACUGUCCCUGAUCUUCAGUCACAUGCUGGCAGAACUAAAAGGCAUUUUCCCAAGUGGACUCUUUCAAGGAGACACAUUUCGGAUCACUAAAGCAGAUGCUGCAGAAUUUUGGAGAAAAGCUUUUGGGGAAAAGACAAUAGUCCCUUGGAAGAGCUUUCGCCAGGCUCUACAUGAAGUACAUCCGAUCAGUUCUGGGCUGGAGGCCAUGGCUCUGAAAUCCACUAUUGAUCUGACCUGCAACGAUUAUAUUUCAGUUUUUGAAUUUGACAUCUUUACGCGACUCUUUCAGCCCUGGUCCUCUUUGCUCAGAAAUUGGAACAGCCUCGCUGUAACUCACCCUGGCUACAUGGCUUUUCUAACAUACGAUGAAGUGAAAGCCCGGCUUCAGAAAUUCAUACACAAACCUGGCAGUUACAUCUUCCGGCUGAGCUGUACUCGUCUGGGUCAGUGGGCUAUUGGAUAUGUCACUGCUGAUGGGAACAUUCUCCAGACAAUUCCUCAUAACAAACCUCUCUUCCAAGCACUGAUUGAUGGCUUCAGGGAAGGCUUCUAUUUGUUUCCUGAUGGAAGAAAUCAGAAUCCUGACCUGACAGGCUUAUGCGAACCAACUCCCCAAGAUCAUAUCAAAGUGACACAGGAACAAUAUGAAUUAUACUGUGAGAUGGGAUCCACCUUCCAACUGUGUAAAAUAUGUGCUGAAAAUGAUAAGGAUGUAAAAAUUGAACCCUGUGGACACCUCAUGUGCACAUCCUGUCUUACAUCCUGGCAGGAAUCAGAAGGUCAGGGUUGUCCUUUCUGCCGAUGUGAAAUCAAAGGUACCGAGCCUAUUGUGGUAGAUCCGUUUGAUCCUAGAGGAAGUGGCAGUCUACUGAGGCAAGGAGCAGAAGGAGCUCCCUCACCAAAUUAUGAUGAUGAUGAUGAUGAACGAGCUGAUGAUUCUCUCUCCAUGAUGAAGGAAUUGGCAGGUGCCAAGGUAGAAAGGCCUCCCUCUCCAUUCUCCAUGGCCCCACAAGCUUCCCUUCCUCCGGUGCCACCACGACUUGACCUUCUUCAACAGCGAGUAUCUGUUCCUCCAAGCUCGUCUGCUCUGGGACCUUGUUCCAAGGCUGCUUCUGGCUCCCUUCAUAAGGACAAACCGUUGCCAAUACCUCCUACUCUUCGAGAUCUUCCACCACCACCCCCUCCAGACCGGCCAUAUUCUGUUGGAGCAGAAGCCCGGCCUCAGAGACGCCCCCUACCCUGUACACCAGGCGAUUGUCCAUCUAGAGACAAACUGCCUCCUGUCCCCUCCAGCCGCCUUGGGGACUCUUGGCUGCCCCGGCCAAUCCCCAAAGUACCAGUAGCUACUCCAAGCCCCAAUGACCCCUGGUCUGCACGAGAACCAGCCAAUCGGCACUCCCUUCCAUUUACACUGUCCUCACAAGUGGAGCCCAGAGCAGAGGUGCCAAGGCUUGGAAGCACAUUCAGUCUGGAUAACUCCAUGAAUAUGAAUAGUGGCCCAUUAGCUGGCCCAGAAUGUGAGCAUCCCAAAAUCAAACCAUCUUCUUCUGCUAAUGCUAUUUAUUCUCUGGCAGCUAGACCUCUUCCAGUGCCAAAACUGCCAUCUGGGGAGCAGGGCGAGGGUGAAGAGGACACUGAGUAUAUGACUCCCUCCUCCAGACCUCUAGGGCUUCAAAAGCCAGAGCUGAAACGGCCUUUGGAGACAGCCCAGUGUGCACGAGCGUGUGAUUGUGACCAACAGACUGAUAGCUGUACUUACGAAGCUAUGUAUAAUAUUCAGUCUCAGGCGCCAUCUGUCACCGAGAACACCUUUGGUGAAGGGAAUUUGGCUGCAGCCCACACCAACACUGGCCCUGAAGAGCCAGAAAAUGAGGAUGAUGGGUAUGAUGUCCCGAAGCCCCCUGUGCCCGCUGUGCUGGCCCGCCGAACGCUCUCAGACAUCUCUAAUGCCAGCUCCUCCUUCGGCUGGUUAUCUCUGGAUGGUGAUCCCACUACAAACUUCUCUGAGGGUUCCCAAGUUCCUGAGAGGCCCCCCAAACCAUUCCCUCGGCGAAUCAACUCUGAACGAAAAGCAAGCAGCUGUCAACAAGGCGGUGGUGCCACUGCUGCCCCUGGCACUGCCCCCUCACCACAGCUCUCCAGUGAGAUUGAGAGCCUCAUGAGUCAGGGCUACUCCUACCAGGACAUUCAGAAAGCUUUGGUCAUUGCCCACAACAACAUUGAAAUGGCCAAAAACAUCCUCCGGGAAUUUGUUUCUAUUUCAUCUCCUGCUCAUAUAGCCACCUAGCACAUCUCUUCCUGCCUUGGCUUCAGCGGACCCAUAAGCCAGGCUCAAGGAGCACCAAGGAGGGCAGAGGUUUCUUUGGGGACUUAAGUGAGGUCCUGCCCUCUCUACAGGGAUCAUGAGGUGCCCAUGGUUCCAAGAUUUCAAAGCAGUGGAGUGAAAAUGGAGCAGCUAGUCUUCUCUUGUAUCGGUCUUGAGUGUAUUUGCAGGUGCCCUUCAGUUCCCACUUGGAGAGAGAAUGGAGUGGAUUUUUAUUACAUGGUAGCCUACCUGGGGAGCUGGCCCACAAGCAGCAGAACAAGCGUUGUUUUGUAAACCCUAA